CGAGAGCCAAGAAGAAGAAGAAGAAGAGAAGCGUCGAUGGCUCCUUGAGCCUCGAAGGAGUUUUCGAGCGAUAGUCAAUAAUCGUCUCCACAUUGAAUCGGAUUCAUUAUCAUUUUUAUUAUUAAUAUUAUUAUUAUUAUUAUUUUAUUACUAGGAUAAUUAUUUUGUUAUUAUUAGUAUUAUUUUUAUUAUUAGUAUUAUAAUUAUUAUUAAUAUCAUCAUCAUCAUUGUUGUCAGUAAAAAUUAAAAUCGUUUCGCGAAUUUAGAAAAAGAUAAUAUUUCGCGAGUGUUUGAAAAAAAAAAAUUUAUCAUCAGUAUUGUUGGUUUACGAAAAAAAAAAAUGAUUCGUGUCGACGAAACGGAUCCGGUUGGUGAAAUUGAGCCAAGUUUUCCAUACAGAGCUGUGACUGUACGAAAAGGAGUUCAAUUUAACGAUUGCUAUGAUACAGAAUCGGAAAUUGGCAGGGGAAAAUUUGGCACAGUCUAUCGAUGUAAAGAAAAGAAAAGUCAAUUGGCUUUGGCCGCCAAGGUGGUGAGUACCACGAGGAAGGAAGAUAAACGUGCUGUGGAACGUGAGGUCGAAAUCAUGAGAAGGUUACAGCAUCCACGUUUGAUUCAACUCUACGAUGCCAUCGACACUGGGAAACAAAUCUACGUUAUUUUAGAACUCAUUCAAGGAGGCGAAUUAUUCGAGAGAGUUAUCGAUGACGAUUUUUUAUUGACAGAACGAAGCUGUGCAGUCUUUAUGCGUCAAAUUUGUGAGGGAAUCGAAUUUAUUCACGGACAGCACAUUCUACAUCUUGACAUGAAACCUGAAAAUAUUCUUUGUCUAACGAAGGAGGGUAAUCGAAUAAAAAUAAUUGAUUUUGGCUUAGCAAGAGAAUAUGAUCCAAAGAAAAAAUUACAAGUUUUGUUUGGAACACCGGAAUUUGUUGCGCCAGAAGUUGUGAAUUUCGAUCAAAUUGGCUUUGGCACAGACAUGUGGAGCAUUGGUGUCAUCUGCUAUGUAUUAUUAUCUGGUUUAUCUCCAUUUAUGGGUGACACUGACAUUGAAACAAUGGCAAAUGUGACAAUUGCAAAAUACGAUUUCGAUGAUGAAGCCUUCUCUGGAAUUUCAGACGAUGCUAAAGAUUUUAUCAGAUGUCUCCUCGUCAAAGAUAUCUCAAAAAGGGUGAACGCAUCCCAAUGUCGUCAACAUCGAUGGCUUUCAAGGAAAAUAAAUUCAUCAGCAAAAAAUGGACCAAUAGAGGAAAUAAAACCAAAAGGAAUUACAAGUGGUAAAGAGGAAUUGGAUGUAACUAAGGAUAAUUUACGUUUAUUUGUUGAAAGAUGGCGUGAACAUCCAAAUAGUCCUUAUACAAUUGAAGUACAAACAAUAAUUGAAGUCGCUGCCAAUUUUAAUGAGAGGAAAAUUAAUAGUGGAAAUAAUAACAAUAAUAAUAAUAAUAAUUUUGAAUCCAUUUCUCUUUGUUGUCACACACCAUCAUCGUGUGAGAGUCUUUCGAGUUCAAUUUCCGAAUCGACGACAAAUUCAACACGUGAUCAUAGUUCCGGAUCGUUGCUUGCAAUUCCAAAUUUUGGUUUAGCUCUUGAACGACGUGCAUCUGAGGGUGCAAGAGCACGCGAUGCAGCUGCACAAAUUCUUCUCGCUGAAGAAAUCAUUAAAUUAUCCGAGCAUCUUCGUCUCAUUGCAAUGGGAUCAUCUGACACGACAAAGAAGACAAAUGAGAAAUUAAAGACUGUCGAGGAGAGGAGGAAGAGGAAAAACUCCAAGGAUGAUGAGGAAGAAAAAGACGAGGCGAAAAUUGGAGAAACAGAAUCAGUGAAGAAAAGUGGCAAAGAAUUAAAAAAGAAUGGAGAAGUGACGAAUGACACUAAACUCGAUGCAAGUAAAAAAGAUUUAAAGACACUUCAAACUUCGAAUAGAGAAGAUUUGAAAAAUCAGAUAAAUUCAAGCACCAAUGAAGAUAAAAACAAAAUAUCGAAUAUACUGAAGAAAGAUGGUAAAACAAAGAGACCGGAGCUAAAAGAAUCAAAAAAAUCAGAAACUAAAUCAAAGAAAUCGAUUAAUAAUGCAAAAAAAGUAGAAUCAACGAUAGUGAAAAAAUCCCCAAUUGAAGAGAAAUCAGACGCCACUAAAUCGAACCAAAAUGAAGAAACAAAAAAAUCCGAAUUAAAAUCAUCACAAGCACUGAAUCAAAAGGACAUAUCUAAAAAUCAAUUUGAAACCGAAGAAAAUGAAAUAUCGCUAAAACUAUCAAAUAUUGCACGACAAAGAAAAUUAAAUGGAACCACAUUCAAUGGAAAUCGAUUUGAAAAAUUAGCCGAUACAAAUUCGGGUAAUUUUACCCUAAAGAAAACAAAUAAAUUUAAUACUGUUGUAUUCAACGAUAGUUUUGCAACAAAAAUCACUGAUAAUUUUACCAUAAAACCAUCGUCAUCAUCAUCAUCGUCAUCAACAAACGAUAAUAAAGAAAUGGAUUUAAUUCCACCGUGGCGUAAAUCAAGACCAAAAAGAAGAUUUAGUGAAUCGUGUCGUGAUGUACCGCGUAUAACAAAUCUUCAGGAUUUACAUAAAACAUUAAAUUUAAAUGAACCAAAAAGCACAAAGGAUUUAUUAUUACAAUUAUUGACUGAAUGGGAUGAUGCGAGACCAAAUAAUUCAACAAAUACAACAAUUAUUGGACGUAAAUCAAGUGUUGAUUUAUGGUGUGGCGAUGAAUCAAUUGCACGACGUUCCAUUAAUUCGCUGGCCGAAUAUUUUCAAGCGGAGCAAAAAAAAAGUGCAACAACAUCUGAUUUAACAUCGUCGAUACAGCGUUAAGGAAAAAUUUUUUUUUUUUUAAAAGAUAUUUUUUUUUUCUUUGGCUCGAGACAAGUAUUGAAUGUGAUUAUGAUAUAUAUGGGUUAAAGAGUUUUUUUCGUUAGAGUGAAUUUCUUUUUGGAGUCAGAAAUAUUCUUUUUGAAAAAUGAUAUACUUUUUGCUCCCAAAAAAUGAAAGAUUGCAAUAAUUUUUAUUAGGGAGAAUAUUUUGACUUACAAUUAUUUUUUUUUUUUUUAAUAUUGAUAGAGACAAAAGAGCUGUUAUUGUAUCUUGAUAUUUAUUUAUUAAUGUUUAUAUAUGAAUUGAAAUAAACUGUUUU